UCACCCUCACACAUCAACACAACAAAACCAAACUCCUUCUUCUUCUUCUUCCCCAAACAACCAACCAACCAUGGCUUCCCCAACUCUCAUAACACCAACAUCCACACCCAAAUCGUCACUCCCACUAACAACCAACACUACAGUCAAACCCAAACCCUCCUCCACCACCAGCACAUCACGCCGUGAACUCUUCUUCUCCAUCACGGCGGUCUCAUCGUCAUUGCUGGCCGCCGUCCCUAUUAUGGUGGCACCAAGCGCGCUGGCUGCAGAGGACGAAGAGUACGUGAAGGAGACAGAGGAAGUGAUAAACAAGGUGAGGACAACAAUAACAAUGGACAAGAAUGACCCUAACGUGGCAGCAGCGGUUGCAGAACUGAGGGACACUUCAAACUCAUGGGUUGCAAAGUACAGAAGAGAGAAAGCGCUUCUUGGAAGAGCUUCCUUCAGGGAUAUGUACUCUGCUCUCAAUGCCGUUUCCGGUCACUACAUCAGUUUCGGACCCACUGCCCCCAUUCCCGCCAAGCGUCGAGCCAGGAUCUUGGAGGAAGUUGACACUGCUGAGAAGGCACUCAAGAGAGGAAGAUGAACAGUAACACUUUUUUCCUUUUUCUUUUCUUGGCUACCUUUUUUUGUAUUAUUAUUAUUAUUAUUAUUGCUCUAUUCAAAUCUCUAAUUACAGUAAGAGCUUCAGAGAAACAAAAAUAUGUGAGUUCUAACAACUGUCUUCAUCAUAUUGGUUAUUUUGCAUAAUUUAAUUAUAUAUGUUAUACAAGAAA